AUGAAGGAUCCCAAAACACAACAUGAUAAAAUUGAAUGGAUUCCUUGUACUGUUGACAAGGCCUGGUUUGCUGAGGCAAUUCAACCUGACAAAUGGUUAAGAGACCUCCAUCUUGACAUUGCUACAUACCACAUACGCCGGAGACUUGCCAAGUACCCUGCCAUAUUUAAAAGGAAGGCGGCAGUGCUUGACACAAUCUUCUUUAGCAAGAUUGGUAUUACCUACAAUGUAUUCAAAGAAGAUCCAGGAAAUUGGGUUGAUUCGGAUACUUUAUUCACAGACUACGUUGUCGAUACCAGUCCUCCUGAAGGUGUUCCCUGGGGAGAAGUGGACUAUGUGUACUUUCCUGCAAACUUUGAUGAGAAGCAUUGGGUGGCAGUAGAGAUGAUAUUGUCAUCACGAAAAAUAAAUGUCUAUGAUUCUUACCAUGACCUUACAAGUGCUGAAAGGUUUGUAGAGAUCAUGAGCCCAUUGUCUAUAAUGACCCCAUACAUAUUACGUCCUUGUGGAUAUGACAUUCCCACGACACCAUGGGAAGUUGAGAAGGUCAAUCCCUGCCCUCAACAAAAGUCAGGGGGGGGCGAUUGCGGUGUUUUUACAUUCAAAUUCAUUGAAGCAUUGAUAGCAGAAAUUCCUAUCACUGAGAUAAAUCAAAAUGACAUGACGUUUUACAGGAAAAAGUUCACAGCAGAGAGUUGGGGGGGAGAGUUCUCAUUGUGA